UUUAAUUUUCGAUGUUAUCGUAAACAAAGCGUUUCAGUGAGCGACUACACCGCUCACUAUUUUGCUGUUGUCCUUCGGUUCUUGUGAGUAUUACUAUUUUACAGUUUCGUCUUUAUUCUUUAGUAGGCACAUCCGAUUGUUUUUCGAAUUGCCAUCACGUGGACUUGGCCAAGACCAGUAGUCUUGUCGACGAACGUCGGUCUGCAACGCUUGUUCCGGUUUUUGAUGAAUGCUACGAGAUCGAUCUACAAUUUCGUAACAGAGUAUCGUCAUAGGUGAUCGCAAUGGCCGAACGUCUGGAAGAUUUAAAUCUACCGGUGACCGCGAUCACCCGUAUCGCCAAGGAAGUGUUACCGGCCAACAUCAUUGUGUCGAAAGAAGCUAAGACCGCGUUGGCCAGAGCGGCGUCCGUAUUCAUAUUGUACGUGAGCAAUCAAGCUACCACGAUCGCAACCAGUAGGAACAAGAAGACCAUCAGUGCCCAAGAUGUACUGGAAGCAUUGUCCCAAGUCGAUUUUGAAUGUCUGAUCGAACCAUUACAACAACUAUUAGAAGACUUCAAGUCGACAAAACAACAAAAGAAAGAUACCAAAAAGCCGACACCAAACAAAAACACAGAUGAUGCCGAUGUGAUUGAUUUGGUUGACGAUGAUCUGGAAUUAUGAUUAUUAUUAAGUUUUUUUGAACAUUUAUUAUUUUUAUUAUAAAAUAUGUAAUUUUUAGUACAAUAAAAAAAAUAAAUGUAUUAUAAUGUA